AUGUCAUCGUGGGAAACUCCAGAAGAUUCUUCUGCUGCCUCAGUUUCACUGACAGCACCUGACGCUCAGGACAGCCAGACGCUGCACAGCAGCUCUUCCUCCUAUUUGGUCCUGGACCUUCUAGGGCAAGGCAACUUCGGAAUGAUCUUCUCGUCCAUGAACCUCAGGACCAAGCAGAUCGUGGCUGUGAAAAUCCUGAAGGACACCGAGGACGCCGAGGACAUUGAGCAUGAGAUUACCAUGCUGAAAGUCAUCAGUGGCCUGGAUGCGGAUCUCACCAACAUGGUCAAGUUCUAUGAAGAAUUCCAGCACAUGGAAACGACCUGUUUGGUGUUUGAGAGGCUGGACAUGAGUCUCUAUGACCUGCUACUGCAGCGAGAGUGGGAGCACCAUCCUCUACAUGAGAUCCGCCCAGUUGCCAAGCAGCUCUUGGUGGCCUUGGAUGCCCUGAAGGGUCUCGGUGUCCUGCACACGGACAUAAAACCAGACAACAUUAUGUUCGUUAACAUGAAGGAUCAGCCACUCAGGGUGAAGUUAAUUGACUUUGGCUGCGCCAUGAUGGUGUCCCAAGUCGAGCUGGGGAUGGAGAUCCAGCCGUGUGGGUACAUAGCUCCAGAGAUCUCUCUGGGUCUUCCAUUCUCCGAGGCCGUCGAUGUGUGGGGGGUCGGGUGCGUACUGGCGUUCCUGUACCUGGCUCAAAACCUGUUCUCCGUUGAUUGCCAAUAUCAAAUGAUGAAGAACAUGGUGACAGUGCUGGGCCAGCCGCAGGACCACCUGCUCCGUGCUGGAAUGUACAGCGAGCAGUUCUUCAUCGAAGAGGAGGGUGAAGACAGUCCAUCAUGGAGACUGAUGACUGCAGAAGAAUUCACGGCUGUUAGUAACGUGGAAACAGAGGAAGAGGAGAGCUUCAUCGAGCUGCCGAACUCCCUCAACGGCCUGAUUCAUAUCCAUCCAAAGUUGGGGGCGGCUGAGAUGGAAGACCGCAUGGCCUUUGUGUCUCUGUUGGAGGGCUGCUGCAUCUUGACGGGAUGA